AUGCUUUUCGCAGUACUCUCACUGAUACCUCUCUUGUCUAGUUUUGCGGAGGCCAAACUUAAAGAUUUUUAUACUUUUAAAGUCGUAAAUAGCAGGGGGAAAUUAAUAUCCUUGGAAAAAUACAGGGGUUCGGUUUCCCUGGUGGUGAAUGUGGCCAGUGAAUGUGGCUUCACUGAGGAGCAUUACACUGACCUUCAGCAGCUGCAGCGAGACUUUGGGCCCUACCACUUCAACGUGCUGGCCUUCCCCUGCAACCAGUUCGGCCAGCAGGAGCCAGGCAGCGACAAGGAGAUUGACAGCUUUGUACGGCGGGUCUAUGGCGUUUCCUUUCCUCUCUUCAGCAAGAUUGCUGUUGUCGGAAGCGGGGCCAACAAUGUUUACAAGUACUUGGUUGAGUCAUCUGGGAAGGAGCCCGACUGGAAUUUCUGGAAGUACCUCAUUGAUGUUAAUGGGAAAGUGGUGAAUGCUUGGGGGCCAACUGUCUCUGUCAAAGAGAUUCGACCCCUAAUCGCUGAUAUGAUCCGGCAGAUCAUCCUGAAGAAGAAAGAAGAACUUUAGUCCGGAGCAUCUGGAAGUCCCCCACUAGGGAUACACCAUGAAAACAAAAGCCACUAAAAUUCACAGCAGGACACCAUCAGACAGAAAAGGUACAGUUUUUUAAAAACGUGUCUGAUCAGGACCCACACAUUUAAGUUUGUUUACAGCACAAAGGCAUGAUCUUAGCAUCUGUCAACAUACAAUAUUCAACUUUUUUUCAAUGCUGACAACAAAAUACAAG